AUGGCGGCUUUGGGACUUUCAUUCAUGUUUGUGCCACUUAUGCCAAUGUUGUUUGCUUUAGCGAAUCUGCAGUCGACAGCUAUCGCUGAUGAGUGUGUGGCAUGCCAAGCCAACAGCCGGAGUUCAGCUCUGCUGCAGAAGGAUACAAAACUCGCAAGUCUUAGCACAGAGCUGCCUGGUCUCGUCAUGUGGUCAUACGGCCGCAGUGCCACCGGCUCCUUCAUGAAAUCAUUGCAAAAAACAACAGGCUUGAGCUUCUGCAACGGAGAGAAGGAGAGCUUCUUCUUCGAAAAAACCAAGCAGCGCUUGACAUCUUCCGCGCUCAAGACUUGUAUGCACAGAAGCCAGCGUUUGACCCACGUGAAGCCAUACCAUUUGGUCACAGUCGACAGCGACUUGCGCACACCACACGACUUCUUCAAUGCUGCCUACGAAGCUGGCUACAGGAUAGUCGUGGCCAGCUUUCGUGAGAACCAGUUGGCGCGAGAUGUGUCAUCUUACAAGAAUGACUGGCAAUUCAUCAAUGUGUCGAGGGCGAUUGCAGCAGCUGGGGGCAUAGAGAACUGGGCACGGCACCGAUUGGAGAUGGACCAAGCGAACCGCAGUCUCAUUGAACGCUACGAAGCCGAUCGCAAGUUUUACAAUCUUGGAGUUAAAGCGGCCAAGGAGUUGGGUUUCACCGUCGUUGCUUGUAACUUUGCUGAUAUGGUGGUGGACAUGUGCCAGUGUGUUCGGCUUGCCCUCCAAACGCUGCCCGACCAGAAUGCUUCCAAAUGCAGCGAACUGGAAGUUCAUGAAGGUGGACAGAUUUUCAAUAGCUCUUGCAUGAAAGGCGCUGAAGAGUCGGGACCUUCGCAGACAGCUGGAGCCUCCGUCUUCGACUCGCUGCUACGAGCUGACGAUUUGGACCCGAAUGACAGCACAACCACUGAAGGAAUCACUCGGCCUUGUACGCUCACGGUAUGCUCCAUGAGCGAGAUUGUGACAGAGGUUGAGGUUUUGCCUCACACCGAGAUCGAAGAAGUCAAGGAGCGUGCUGCCAAGCACCUGGCACUUCUGCCGCAGCAUGGGACUGGCUCAGUGUUGCUGGACAUGGCCAGUGGCAAGGUCCUGCCUGGGGCUGGCACAGUGCAAUCCUGCAAGCUUUCUGCCCAGAGCCGGCUGCUGCUCCUGGGGAAGACACGUAUGUACGCGCCAAAGGAUGUGCAGGUCUCAAGCAUCGUUGCCUACACUCGUUUGACCGGGACAAAGUACCGCUUGGCAAAACCGCCAACGCUCCAAGAGAACGAAGAUUUGUUGCUACGACUUGACACCUUGGAGUAUCAUGGGGAAGCGAACGGAGUGCCUCUGGAAACUGCCCUGGGGCAUUUCAAGACAUUGCCCGUUGGAGUGAACGCAGCAAAGCAGCAAGUAUCCAAGGAGGAUGUCAGGGAUAUUUUCCUCCCACUGAAUCAGCUACGACUCUACCUCACCGGAUAGCUGGAGCAUGCUGGGGCAGCAACUGGCGGGAUGCAACCUGCAGCGACCUGGCAAUUGUUUCUCGAGCGCUGCACGUGAAGCUGGAUGAAGCUGGAAGGACGUGGCCACUGUGGCACCCGGAGGUUUAAACGGUCCCACUGGAGCAGAAAUGAGGAUGACCAACAUGGUCAUGAACCUUUCCAGAGAAGAGAUAUGUGAGAUCCUUUAAUUUACAGGAUUUUGAGGCCAUUCAUGCGUCGCACUCUUUUGAAAGAGACGUUGACUGAGCUCUUUCAGUGGAUGCUGGUUGUGAAGGUCGUUUGUUGCCCCGAGUGAUAUAUAGGUCUUUCAGCUAGCUGCUGCUUCUAGCAUGUGCGCACUCAAUUCUUUCAUGGCAGACAGAUUAUCGCAACAUUUGGUGCUUGGAUCAUCGUGGAUUUGGUGAAGUCUUUCCUUUUCUCUGCAGUCACUAUUGAUAAGGAUGAUGCGGGUAUCAUUGUCGCUUGGUACAGGUGCUGCACAGUACCAAGUGAGAGAAGUGGCUACCUCAACCGCAGCCCUAGCGACCCUAGCAUUUGCCAGCAGCCAGAUAAUUGGUUGUGUCUGGAGCGAUGCGAGGCCAGGAGUACGCUCAACAGAAGGCUAUAUAACUGCUGAAAAGAUCUGAAAAGUCUGGUUGGGGGAGGUCUGAAGCUGCUGGAUGGCGAGUAGCGCAGACGUGCUGUCAGUGCCUCCUACUCUUGCAGUGUUCCUGCGGUGCAAUUCUAGCAGGAGAUAACCAGUUGGCGGGGGGCAAGCUUGACUCGGAUGAUUGCAACAUUAGCGACGGCAAGGACACAUGACAUGUGAAGUUAAAAUAGCAAAAUCAGAUGGUCAGGCGCAAGUUAGCAGCCGGAAUUUCAGAAUGUACAAUGUAGUGCUGAUGUCAAAGCUUGAAGCAACUUGAGGCAGACUUUUGGAUUGUCCUUUUUGUAGAUCUUUGUAGCUUCAUCCCUUUGGUAAGUUUGCAGGCCAUGGGCCACGUUGCUUCGAUUCGCCACCUAGACACACUUGGCAUAUUGAUAAGAGGCAGCUGCCCAUGCCUUCGACCCGGCAGAGUUCC